AUGGAUAGUGAAAAUGACAACACCAGCCACCCUGACUUUCUCCUACUUGGCUUGUCCACUCGGCCAGAACAGGAGCACUUCCUUUUUGCUGUCUUCCUCAUUCUGUAUCUGCUGAACGUGAUUGGGAACCUGCUGAUCAUCCUUCUGAUCCGUUCUGAUUCCCAGCUCCUCCAUGCACCCAUGUAUUUCUUUCUCAGUCACCUCUCCUUUGUGGAUAUUUGCUUCACCUCAACUACUAUUCCCAAGAUGCUGCACAAUCUUCGCACCAGCUGCAAGACCAUUGCUUUCACUAACUGCAUGAUCCAGAUGUAUCUCUUUCUAGCCUUUGCUAUCACUGAGAACUUCCUGCUGGGUGCAAUGGCUUUGGACCGCUUUACGGCCAUCUGCCAGCCAUUACACUAUCCUGUGCUGAUGAAACCCCUGAAGUGUCAUCUCAUGGUAUUUGUGGCAUGGUUGCUGGCCCACCUUCACUCCCUCUUGCAUACUAUACUGAUGUCCCGGCUUUCCUUCUGUGACCAUCGUGAGAUACCCCAUUUCUUUUGUGACUUCCAGCCCUUAGUGGUGAUGGCCUGCUCUAAUAAGAGCCUCAGCGAAAUGCUGAGUUUCUUUGAAGGAGGCACAAUUAUUAUUGGCAACUUCAUUCUCAUUCUUGUCUCCUACAUUCGCAUUGUCCAGGUUGUGCUUCAGGUGCCUUCUAGCCAAGGUCGGAGCAAGGCCUUCCAAACUUGUGCUUCUCACCUGAUUGUUGUGACCCUCUUCUAUGGCUCUGCAAUUGGGGUCUAUUUCCGGCCCCUCUCUUCCUACUCUGGGGACAAGGACAAGGUGGCCACUGUUAUGUACACUGUGGUGACGCCAAUGCUCAACCCCUUCAUAUAUAGCCUAAGGAAUGCAGACAUGAAAGCUGCCCUCCACAGAGCACUGAAAGGAAGGGUAGCUUAG